AUGCACCCGCAACCCGAGGAUGCGGACUUCUUCGUUUCGGAGGGGUGGGUUCUCCAGUUUCGCGGUUCGGAAACGCCACCGGAGUGGUUCGAGUCUCUAGCGCCGCGUUUCAGUCGGCCCGUCCCGUGGCUCGCCGAACCCCAGGUUCCCCGCAGCUCUCCCGAGGAUCUGGUUGUAGCUCUGCACAAUAGCCAGCAUACCCUUGUUGAUAUCGGUGCCCCGACUACGCCUAGCCUCGCCACCCGACUCGCCAACCUGGUUGACAAGUGUCCGGAGGAUGUCCUCUUUGUGCGCCCUUUGGAGGGACAGCUCAAUGACGUGUGCUUGCGCGGGUACGACUGCCGAGGGGUCGUCGCUGUUUUCCCCAUCCGGGACCAGCCCGAUAGACAAGGAAGGCUCCUUUUCCUGGAUGGCAGGCCAGCCAACGAGGGGCUUGCUCUCAUAUACACUGAAGACGUCGAUGACCCUCUUGGUUUUGCUGAUUGGCUUGGCCUACGUCCACCUCCAUUGCACCAUAUCGUCUACUCUCGCAUCCCGCAAUCAAGGGUAGAGCAUUCGCCCGAGGGUACCGUCUUUAUCUUUGGCUACUGCUUGAAUGCCGAUGACGAUGAGAGUUGUGCAUCACUUGACGCAGACAGCAAUGAGCAAUGUGAUGAAGCUGCGUCUGAGGAGCAUGGUACACAGGAGGGCCAAGCCCAGGCACCGGGGCCCUCUCCUUCCAUACCCCCGGACGCCCAUGAUGACAGGCAUUCUGUUUGCCCAAAGCUCCCCUCGCUGAAUUUGACCUGGGUGCUAAGUUUGAUGGUCAGGUACCUCCAAGAGCCGCAGGGCAAGAAUCAGGAAGCUCCCGCACUCGACCAUACCGACGAUACCUACUCCCUCGAUGAAGAAGAUGAGAGCCUUGUCAUUGUCGGUUGCAUUAUCCUCAAAGAUGGCUACGCUGCGGAGCAUGUGACCAUACUUGUUCGGAUUCCUGCCACCGUUGACGAAGUCCGAAGGCUUGUCAACGAGGCGCGGACGCCCACCGACCGAUUUGCAUUUCCGGCCUUGUUAGACGUCCUCCCGCAACCGAUUCCGGGGAACAUAGUGUACCUGGCGGGACCCUUGUGGUCUGCAGACCAACACGGUCAUUGCUUUAACCUUGUCCUUUUUGACGGCAGGUUGUUCACCACGCACUCCCCAGACUAUGUUUCCCGGCAUGAACUCCUGCUCAUUGCCCAGGUUCCACAGGAUGCCAGUGUCGAGAUUUAUGUUGGCAGUGAUGAAAUUCCGCUCACUGGGGCAAUGCCUAUCCACUUAUUUCCAGGAGCAUUGAUUUCCUUUCUUCCGGCAGGGGCCGACCAGCCACCGUUGCCCACUCUUGGCGAAGUGCUUCUUUCAGGGGCACCGUGGUCGGCUGAGCCUUUCCGACUCGGGCCCGAGAGCCUCAAUCUAUGCUGUGUUGUGCAUGGGAACUCCUUUCACCUCCACGUACACGAUCCCCUUCAGCCCUUGCAACACCGCGCCAACUUGGCGCGCACUGCUGGAUUAUCGGUCACGGCAAUGAAUGUGCAUGUCGCCAGGAACCCGCCACAUGAUGUUGAUCUGUUUGGGUUUAGGUGCCAGAACAUCUUUGCAGUUGCGGACGCGGGCCCUCCUGACAAUGUGUACCAUGAUACCCUUGCUCUCCUCGACUGCCGUCAGAUCCAGCGGGGAUGGAGGACUGUUGGAUUCCGGCACAACCCAGUGCCCUUCCGCAGCAUUCUUAACCGCCUAGGUACUGUGAACCUCCAUUCAGGUGAGCUUGCCAGCUCUGCCUCGGAACAAGGAGGUCCAGACAGCAUCGACGAACAUGAAACGCCGAGGCAUCCUGACCAUCGGGAGGAACACGCGACUGCCCGACCUACAGGCGCUGCUCUCGUUGCCGACGGACAGGUUGAGGUGCCUUUCCUAGUCUUCGCACAAGAAUAUUGGCCAGAACUUGUGUUGCCUAGGCUACCAACCGCAAGUGGCCCUGCCGAAGCUUUGGACACGGUCGCCAACAUGCGCCACCCUGAUGCGCACAGGCGCAGUCCUCGGCUAAUCCCAGUAUUUCCACAGCCGCUACAGCAACAAGCAUGCGUUAUUGCGGUGCCCCGUUGGACAUAUUCAGGAAUCGCAGUGCUAGUGGACAACAGGGUUCAUCCUGGUGGCAUUUUUGCCAACAUCAUUCCUCCGAGAUGCACCAGAGACGACCUGCUUGUGUUGGCGGGCUUCCUGCCCGGGAGUCAUGAUCUGCGUGUGUAUGUCAAGGACGUCCCUUGGGCCAUCCCACCAGGCACGACAGUGUACCCGACUGAAGGGGACCUCUUCACGAUCUGUCGGACUGGAGAGGCUCCCCAGGCGAUCGAUCUCCGGAGCCUCUUGCAAAUCACCAGUGAUUGGAACUGCAACCCGGUUCUGCCUGGUGACCAGACUGGGAUAGGUUCUAUCCUUACCCGUGGUACAUGCCGCGCAGCUUCAGUGCCAGCUGAUGCCUUCGCACUAGACAGUGCAACUGUCGCCAACGAAAUCGGCCUGACAUCGGGCAGCUUCACUCUCGUUGCCGAUUUCCCCGAUGGCUCGGCAGGCAAUGUCCCGUACACACUCGACUUACGACCCAUCCUCCUUCGCAUUGAUUGGGGCUAUGCAUUGGAGGGCAGAGUUAAUGUGCGGGAGCUGUGUGUUCGACUUGCCUGCAGGACCACGAUAAUCACUUCCGCAGGGUUAGAGCAGGAGGACCGUGCCUUUAUUUUUGCUCCCGGGGCUGAACGCGGGUCAUCCGCGUCUAGCACCGCAGGUGGCUACUCCGUCCCAAGUGGCCCCGUAGCCAGUGGCACAGGAGAAGUGAUGCCCGCCCCUCAAACAGGCGGCGGAGAAGCACCACAAUCACUGCCGCGUAGCGCUGUGCAGGAUGCUUCCCCCUCUACCGGGACACAUCCCAACCGUCUGCAUACCGAUGAAGAAGUGUCGAUGUACAAGUGGCCUGACGCUGCUGAAGAUAAGACAGCCAUUCUGGAUGGCACAGCCCAGGGCACCUCUGUUUUCCGACACCGCAAAGCCGCAAACACGGCCACUGGGGGUUCAGGCGGACUUGGAUGCAGUGUUAAGCAGCCAGUUAAUACUGCCAGUCUCCGAGGGGAAUACUCUGUCGGGGCGCUCAGUGCCUUCUUUUGGCUCGUCGUCGCCCUCAUAUGCAUCGCCAUCGGGGAGGUACCCGGACAACGUCUCGCUGUAUGCGACCUCUUUUUCUUCCCCCCGCUCUGUGGGAUCCUUUUGCUUGGCCAUCCUCAGAGCAUUAGGCGUACACUUGCGGCAUGCGGACUCCUGUUCUGUUUCCUUGCCACAGGAGCCUCCGGAAUGCAGUUUCCCCCACAACCACCCAUCAGUAGCCUUCGUGGGGAUAUCGAACUGCCUGUUAUGCAGCUGAAGCCCUACCAUAUUCCCCAGCACAGACUCCUUCCUACACCUGCCCGUGCUCAUGCCAGAACUGAGGUCUCGGCUCACCUGCACACUCAUGUGUGCAAAAUUGCCACUUUGACCACUAUGCUUGAGGAGUCAAUCCUGUCACCGGACUCAGAAGCGUUCUACCUUUCGAGCACUCUUGUUGAGGCCCUCCAUGAGCACUUUGCGAUUGGGGCCUUUGCUCCGGCACAGGAACAUCGCCACACAGCCGAGCCUGAGGUACGCACCUUACGCCUUGAUUCACAUUUGGAGGCUAGAUCCUUUGACCUGACUGGUGUCACCAUGAGGGUAGGUUGCACUCUGGAUCAUGUUGCGCAGCUGGUACACAGGGACCCAUACGACUUGUGGCCGCUGCCUACACAUGAAUUCGAUGUUGUCGAUGAAUGGUGCAAGGGACACCCACCGUUGGAUCAGACAAAGGGUCUUGAGAGCUGUGAUUCCGUUGUCAUCCAUACUGACGGAUCCUACGACGGAGAGGCCAGUUCGUGGGCCUUCCAUGUCAUUGCCAGACGUGAGGGACGCUGGUAUCGAGUCGGCUGGAUUGGUGACCGAGUACAGACGGACCCGAGGGCCCACAAUUUCCUCGGGGCCUCCUCGCAUGGGGCGAUUGAGGGAGAAAUGUCAGCCCUAUUUUGGUGCCUAACAUGGUUGCUUGCUCUCCCUGUGGACGUCCAUGCUACCAUUUUGUCGGAUUGCACGACAGCCAUAGGCCUUUCCGAAGGGCUGAUGGGUCAGUUCCGCGGGCAUGACCUUGCCUACUUGUGCCGAACGGCCAUGCAGGUUCUGUCUUCGCACCCUAUCUGCCGCUUUGUGCAGCAGGGAUGGAUGCCAUGGCUGUGGUUGCUCCUCGACACCCAGUUAGACUUCCGACCAGACCAGAAUGCGAACAGAUGCUGGGGCUACCAAAGGCCCACUCUGUUGAUGGCCCCCCUGCAAUUCCGUUCCAGGGACGGGAUCCUCGCCGUGCGGUUCGCAAGAGCGGGCGUACGUAUUUUGUUCGUAGUCAUCCACGCACCCACCAAUUCGUCCCCGGAGCGCGACAAAUGGUGGCAGGAUUUCCGCGCGCUAAUAGGCCAGACAAUGGAUCCCCAGCACAUUUUCCUGUUGCCAUCCGGGCCCAACGGAUACCUGGCAGUCACCAGGCAAGGCAGAGGUGCUCGUGUAGACACGACAGCCAUGGGUACGCCGGAAGGUCGUGAGAGGCAGCACAAGCCGUACCUUCAACCGGCUACUUGGCAACUGCGCAACCAGCGCGCAUGGCUCAGGUGCCUAAAAGAUCUCCCCGGACACCUGUCGGCCCUACGCACCACCAGUGCGAACCUGCGCGCCAUGAUCAAGCAAGAUACGAAGAAGUACCUACAUGAAGUUGCCGUCCAGGCCGUCAAUGCCCCGACACGGGACAUUGUUCAGCGUCUCAAGACACUAACCGGAGGACCGAAGCGUAAGCAGAAGGGCACCAACCCUCUCCCAGCCAUCGAGACCUCACCCGGAAACUUGGCCGCCACACAUCUCGAGGCAAAGCAGAAAUGGAUAUCACAUUUCUCCUCGAUUGAGGACGGGCAUGUCAAGGACCCCGUUGACUUCGUCCAUGGCUGUUACCGCAGGCAACAGGCUAGGGACCUGUCGGAUUACUCCAUUUCCCCAAAUGAUGUCCCGAGUUUGUGCGAACUUGAGGCUGCGCUUCGGGCCUCGAGCACUGACAGAGCGUAUGGCCUUGAUGGAAUCCCUGGAGAAGUGCUGCACUACGGAGCUCCCUACAUGUCGAAGGUUGCCUAUCAGCUCCUUUUGAAGUCUGCUUUCCGCCUUUGUGCCGCCAAGAGCUCCCAUGCCAUUUUGUUUCUCGAUCUCCAGGAAGCGUUCUAUCGCAUUAUUCGCCCGCUCAUCACUGGAGAUCACCCGACGGACUCUGAAGUCGCACGCAUAUGUGCUGCCGUGCAGCUUCCCAGCAAUACCAUGCACGAGUUGCGCGAUUUUAUAGGAUCUCGGCCUGGGGACUCGCUGUCGGACCUGGUCUUCUCAUUUCUUUUCGCAAAGGUGCUUCAGCAAGUGCGUCAUGCCCUCGAGAAGGCCGACUUGCUCGCGUACAUUCCGUGGUGCCCCAGUAUGCACAACAACAUCCAGGUUGCCGCUGUGCAGCAGGGUUGCCAGCCGGAGCAGCGUAUUGGGUUAUCCGAUGCGACUUGGAUGGAUGACCUUUCGAUGUUCUUGAUGAGUCCCGAUGCUUCUACUCUCGUCACAGCACUCAACUUUGGAGCCUCCUCACUGAUAGAUGCCUGCCUGCAACGAGCUCUUGUUCCGAACCUCUCUAAGGGUAAAACCGAGGCCAUCAUACAGCUCCAUGGCAAAGGGGCGAAGGAAACCAGACGCCAGAUCUUCGGAGAUAAAGCUGGUGCAAUUCCUUUGUCCUGCCGUUUGUGGGCGGAUGCCAGUUUGAGGAUUGUGCCAGUAUAUCGUCAUCUCGGCGGUUUCUUGCAGCACAAUGGUGGGCUGCGCCACGAAAUUGCCUUCCGCUGCUCCCAGGCAUGGGAGGCCUUCAAUCGUCGCAGGCGGAAGGUGUUCCAGUCGCCACUGGUUUCGCCAAGGGACAAGGCGACACUCUUCGACAGCCUUGUAUCCACAGUCAUGUUCCACGGCUCCGGCACAUGGACACGAGUUACGCAAGAACACUUGGACUCCCUAGAUGCGGUCCUGCGUCAGAUGGCGUGCCAGAUGCUGUCCCCUGAGCACACGUGUGAAGCGGCCUGGCAUUUGGGCCUGUCCCAAGCCAUCGCUAAGGCAGCGGGUCCUACCCAACCCGCUGGGGACGACUUUAUCAUCGAUGAAUUGCAACGGCCUUCAGCUGAGGUUUUGGAUUGUCUUCUCCAUCUUGAUUUUGACGGAAAGGCAUCCGAAAUAGAUACCGAUGCUUUCUGGGAACGGUUGCGCCUCUCAUUUUCUUCAGUCUGCCUCCCUCUGCAGCGCAUACGAGUCACCCUUGAGACAUGGAGUAAAGGUGUGCAACAGGGCAGGUUCGCCUACGCCGAUGCUGUCCACCGCCGCAUCCUAGACGCGCUAGACUGGCUCUGCUCUGUCGACCUUACUGCAUGGUUGCUACGCGAACGCAAGGCCCGGCCAGACAGGGGCGACACCUUUCGCAGUGGCGCCUCGUCACUUUCUUCCCUUGCCCUUCAUACCGUUCAACUUCCCAGGCCCGGUCACUGGACCCGGAAUCACGUCUUGGUCGUCGUCGGGGAGUUGUCGGAUUCACCAGCUGCACCAGUACACUCCGGGUCCCCGCUGGUCUUUCCGCAUGAGGAGUCCCUGUCGAGACUUGAACAGGGCCUCUCCUUGGAAUUCCUUGAUGACCAGGAUGAGGAAUGUGGAUUUUGCCUCAGCACUGUUGGCCUCAGACCGCCAGACAGCGGCGUCUGGCCAGCUGACGGAAGGAUUCGCCCACUCCUCUCAUUCCAGCUCGAAUGCGAGAUCGUCCGCAUGGCCUUGCAAAUGUGGUCCAGAGGGAUCAGGGCCUGUCUCACAGUACCGGACGGAUUUGGACCGGACAUUCAGGCCCUUUCAAAGCUUGAUGAUGUCAGAUCUCUGGCCCAUGUCGGAAGGCUUACCCUGUGGGUAGGCAGGGUGCUGUGUUUCGAUUUGGUAGCGGAGCUGGCUGGUCGAGCCAGUUCCCGCUGCCUGUCGAUGCGAGUGCUCUGCCUGCUGUGCUUCCUCUUCUUUCUGACAUGCUACGUUGUUGGGCUGGACCAACGGUCGGAUGACAACAUCAGUGUUGGAAGGUUUGGAGAUACAGCAGGCCAUCCGGGGCAGACGGUUGUCACCACUACGUGGGUUACUACAUCUGCUCAGGCGCUCACUUCACAGGCAGCAGUGCCCGAUACGGUAGCGCAUUCCGCCGGUUCUUACAGCUCGGAUGCUUACUUCAACAAUUGGACGUGGGCUGAGGUGAAGGGAGUUCUUUCUGAAAUUGCACACUUUGCACAGAAGGCCGAUGAUGGCCGAGGUCUGCGUGAGACUGCAGUUUCGGAGGAGCAUUGCAACUUGAGAGUCUUUGGAAUGGCAUGCAUGCCGUUUCCUUCAAAGCACGACUUGUGCCAGAUCAUGGUUGCUAUUCUCUUCAAGUUGGACGUUGUGAAUGAAAAUCACUGGUUUGCGCCUUUAACGAAUCCUCGGGGACAUGAUUCAGCACGUGGCUUGUUUGGAAGACGACUUGACGAAUCAAAGCCAGUGCAGCGAAGCCUUGGAGGACGACUACUGCCAGGACUACAGAUCCUAGGCACUCUUGGUGCAAUCACUGGUUUUCUGAUCGCAAUGAUGCCGGGCUCACGCGAGCAUCGUGAUCAUGGACCUCCCCGUCAGCACGCUCACGUGGGAGACGCCGGGCCACCUUAUGUAGGAACCGCGACGCUGAAAGUGCCGCCGGCUUGGAGUAGCGAGAGACAGUCCAGCUACUCACUUAGGAGUUGGAUCAGUGACUUGAUUUUAUGGUCGUCUGCGACAGAUCUUGACCAUAGGAGACUAGGUCCCAUAGCUGCUCUCCAAGUUACCGGUAGCGCAAAAGAACUGGUCCGGGAGCUGACCCCCGAACAAUUAUCGAAUGGAGUAGUGGACCCUCAGACUGGCCAGCACAUAACAGGGCUCAUGUUGUUGGUUCGCACUUUAGCCCAGCGGUACGCUCCUUUGGACCAAGAAGCAAGCACGCGGUCAGUAAGCGAGUUUUUGAACUUUGCCAAGCUUCCUGGAGAGGGAAUAGAUGCACUCUUGGUUAGGAAUGGCUUGGCUUUUGAUGAGGGCUUUAUCACUUCCUGCGGAGUUGGUUGCAAGGACAUCUUUAUGAGUCACGUCCGACGGGGCGACAAGGAACAUUCUGCCUAUGGCACCGCAUACCCCAGUUUCGGAAGUAGCAGCAGUCCUUUCGGUCACAGCGAAGCUGAGGUAACCACUCCUCGCAGUGCAUGCAGUGUGGCAUCUAUCAUGAAGAUGAGGUCCGAUCCAUCAUCUAUCGCUGCCGAGCUUUACCACUUGUAUCGCCAAGCCAAGCGUCGCUGGCGACGCUUCACAGGCAAAACCCCGUAUGGCAAGACCUAUGCAGCCUUCCUUCCCGCGUCGAGCUUUGCUGGUGGUAAGGGCAAAGGUGGUUCUAAAGGCGGAGGUGUUCGUAAAGGCAAUCCAAGGGGUCGCAAUGGUGAAGUACUUAGGUGUCAUAAGUGCAACAGCGACCAACACCUUUGGCGACAGUGUCCUAUGGUAGCACAGAGCGGAUCGCACUUUGCGCAGCAUCCACCCGCGUCCCUGGCACUUCACACGAUCCCUGCCUCGUCAUUUCCCAUGUUGAACACCACACGUAGUGUAGAUGCUGCAGAGGUGCGUUCCAUUCCUGGAGUUACUUUCUCAGCACACUUUGUGUCCGCAGCGAGUCAGAGCAGCGUUCGCACGGGUCUCGAGCAAGAGCUUGAGGCACUGUCUCAGGCAUCAGCGCUGAGCAGUCGCAGAUCGUUGGAACGUUCUGGUGGACAAGCCUCCAUCGAGAAUCGAGGACAAGGGCCUCCUGAGUGGGAACCUGGUGCAGCCUCUGCAUCUAGCAGAGUUCCCAGCUCUCAGAUCCAUCCCGAUGAUAGUGCAAGCCAGGUCUCUCGGUCAGAAGUCCCAGCAGUUCAGCCCCUGAUUCGCGGGGCGCCGCCUCCAAAGUAUCCUCCCCCCAGUUCUCGCCCUUCAAAUCCUUCGAAUAAUGAGCACUCAGAGCAGGAGAGGCGUAGGACGACAUUGCAAUUGCAAACGAUGUUGUACCCAUGGUGGGAGACGGGAACUGAGGAUGUUGGCGCCAGCGAAUCUGUUGGACAAUCAGCCGGUGUGUAUCAUGAGCGUACUCGUGUCAAGGGCAAGGUGGGAUUGCUUGUUGACCCAGGAGCACAUGACAAUUUGGUGGGUGAUCGAACCAUGAAGCUGUUGUCCUCACAGGUCAAAUGCAAGCCUGCCAUCAGACCCCUUGAACGGCCGUUGAGUGUGCAGGGGGUCGGGAACGGAUCGCAACAGGCCGAUCUCAGCCACGGCGUCGAGUUUAGCAUCCGUGCACCGGGCAUGUCCAACAUUGAUGGUACCUUCAAUUCCCCUGUCGUGCCCGACAGCGAUUUGCCACCUCUGCUUGGCUUGAAAUCCUUGCGAAACUGCAACGCUGUGUUGGACAUGCAGCAUCAGAAGUUGUAUAUCCCCGGACCUGGUGGUCUAGAGAUCGUGCAGAGUCCCGGCACGUUGAUGCUGGAUCUCGAGCUCAGCCCCAGUGGACAUCUCAUAUUGCCUGUUCAUCCGCGUGCAAAGUCCGCUGAAUCACGCAAGCUGGACUUCAUAUCCUCGCGCGUAAGUGUGAAGGAGCCGGGUUCCAAGGAUAAGGCCAGUUCGAGUCACGAUCAAGCCCCGAAGGCGAGCUCUAGCAGCUCCAGUGUGCCGAAUUCUGGAAUGGGCGGAAAUCUGUCAGUGUACGACAGAAUAUUUUAUCGUCUUUGGGUCUUAGCAGUGUUCAUUUCAGUCGUGAUUUGCAUUCGAAAGAACAGCUUCGGAGGAACUUUGCACAUCCAUUCGAAGCAGCUCUCCCAGAGCGAGCGUCACGGCCGGAACGAGCAAGUGCUUAGGUCGAUUGUACAGGAUCUCUUGCAUCGCACUACGAACACCUUGAUGGUGGUCUCAAAGCUGAGAAGGUUACUGAAGGUGGUUACGGUCCUUAUGGUAGGGAUAGGAUCAUCUAAUGCGUCAGCUGCCGCUCGCCCCGCUCGAGCUUCGGUCGGAGUUGACACGGCGGAUGAACCGUCGGCUAUGCCGGCACCUGCUGCAGUGCCAGUGGCCAACGAAGAAGCAGAGCCUCCGGUAGGUGAAGGUGAUGAUGUUGCCCCUUGGGCUCGCUUUGACAUAGGCCGCACCUUGCAGCAGCUUCGGAGUUGCAGAGAAGCGGUGGUAAGGCGUGCUUUGAGGCAAUUGCAUGUUCGGUUUUAUCAUCCUUCGACUCAGCGUCUUCGCGCACUGUUGUCUGCGGCCGGUGUUCCGGCGGAAGUCUUAGAAAAGAUUGCGCAGAUAACCGACACGUGUACUGUGUGCCGUACGUGGGCACGACCGGGCCCAAAGUCGGUGGCGAGUUCACAUCUCCCAGCUUGCUUCAAUGCCGAGCUUCAGGUGGAUUUGUUGUUCAUUCGUGAACACGUGAUCCUUCACAUGAUAGAUGUGGCAACUCGCUUUGUAGUGGCGAAGAUCGUACCGAGCCGAGAAACAAACGACAUACUGACAGCCUUACAGGAGGCCUGGGUCUCUUUGUUCGGUCCGCCUAGUACAAUAGUUGCAGACCAGGAGGGAGCGUUGAGUGGAGUUGCUGGUGGCGCUUGGAUGUCACAUCGUGACAUUAAAUACGUGCCCAAAGCUAAGUAUGCACAUGCAUCUGUUGUUGAACGACACAAUGCCUUGUUGCGUCGACAAGUCCACUUACUGCUUGAGCAAAGUCAUGAGGAUGGAUUGCGAGUUCCGUUCUCUGCUAUACUUGCCGAGGCAGUGUUUGCAAAGAAUGCUCUUCUCCGAAUCAACAACUUUACGCCUUACGAAGCAGUGCUUGGUCGUACACCACCUCUCUACGAUUUGAUCGCGCCAGAGUUUGGUGAAGAGGUCGCGGCAAAGGAUGCCGAUCGUUUGAGGGGAAAGGCAUUGCGUGCAAUUCUGCAGGCUACAGCCGAGAGCAAAACCCAACGAGCUGCCAAGUCCAAGAGCCGUCUGAGUGGCGAGCUUUUGGAAUUGUCUGCAGGGGAUCAGGUUGAGUUCUUUAGAGCACCGUCAAACAAAGAUCUCUCCGGAUGGGCAGGUCCGGCAACAGUGGUAGACUUGCAGCAGUUAGACCAAGGACAGGUAGGAAUCACUUUUCAGGGACGAUACAUUUUGUGCCGGGUACAAGACAUCCGUAGAGCACUGAUGUUCGCAACGUUCCUAUCCGAUGAGCCGCACAACACACCUUCUGGCUUGAUCAGAAUCACUGCAGAAUCCUUGAACAAACAAUCCGUGAGACUAGGAUGGUUUCGACAACAGAAAGUAUGGCGUAGUUUUGCCGAGAACUCAAAGUUUCCCGACGCGCUGGUGGCAGGACUACACCUCGCAGCCUGUAAUCUUCAGUUGUCCGGAGUCGUAUCUUUUCGUCUUGGAAACGGUUUGAGCACGUUGACAGGGGUGCAGUGUGAUGAGUCCUUUCUCAUCUGGUGGCCAAAAGGGCAAGCUGCAGUUUGGAAUCAUAUGUAUAUUCCUGGCACACAAUCGGUGAAUUUCUCGCGUCUUAGUGAUGUAGAAGGGAAAGACUUGUGUUUUCUACAGUUCUUUUGUGAAGACUCAGAGACAGUUCUCAGUCUUCGUCGAGUGGUACACGACAUUCCCAAUGUGGGCGGAAUCCAUGAUCCCGCCUUGCCGAGAUUGUCUGAAGUGAACGAAGCCGUGAUUCGACGACAGCAAGUUCGUGCAAUCACAGACAGUGCUGGCACGGAUCAGACUGGUCCAGAAGUCUUCGACAUCAGUACUCCUGAUGGUAUCACUGAAACGUCGGAACGACAUUCAGAGGAUGCACCUGAUGGCAUGGAUGAAGGUGUUGAAGACAACAGCGACCUCUUUGCUUUCGCCAGCAGACCUCCAGAAGUCUGUGUAGACUCAGCUGUUGAGCCUUCUUUGGUUUUCACUGCCGGAGAACUGAAGGAGGAGGCUUUGAAGCUGGAGUUUUCACGACAGGCAGCUAAGUACCUUACCGCUUUUGAUCGACAGUUGGAGUCCAACGAAACUCUUGUCUUGAAUAUGUCGGGAGAAGUAGAAUCCGUCAUUGAAAGAGCUAAUAACAUCUUGACUAGGCAAGAAGCUUUGGAAAAUGUUGAUCGCUGCAGGCGUGCAAUGGUUAAGGAGUUGCUUCGGUGGAAUGGUCACAAAGCAUGGCGUCGAGGAUCGAAGGCUUCAGCGCGCAAUGCUCUCCAGAGUAAGUGGGUUUUGAAGUGGAAGAACAUCCAAGGGGAGCGUGACGUGAAAGCUAGGCUGUUGUUGGCCAUUGCCGUGCAGCAAGGAUGGCCACUCAAAUCUGCCGAUGUGUCGGAAGCUUUUCUUCGUGGACUCUCCUUCGAAGAACUCCACCGUACUGGUGUUGACAAGGAACUUCGUGAAGUGCAGUUGCUACUGCCGCCGGGAUCCUUGGAACUCAUCAGGGCUGUCCCAGGCCUUGAAAACUUCAAUCCAGAAACAGAAGUGCUACAUCUGUUGAAGCCGGGAUUUGGACUGAAGGAUGCUCCAAGAUUGUGGAAUCUGGCACUCAAGCGCGUGCUGAAGAAAGUUGGCUUGAGGCCAACCAACGUCGAUCCGCAGUUGUACGUUCUGCAUGCAGAGGGCCGUCUGAUAUUAUACAAGAAGUUGAGCCAUCCGUGGAGACUUGUCGCAAUAAGCGAUAGCAGCUUCAAGGGUGAAGGUACCAAUGCGCUUCAGAUCUUAGAAUUCGUAUGUCGGAAGCAAACCCGCGUUUGCCGCAGCACUUACAUGGCUGAGUUGUUAAGUGCCGUUGACUUGAGUGGUCUCGCGAUCACGAUCAACAGUGGAAUCACCGAGGUGCUGCAGGGAUGUCAGUCCGCAGUUGAACUGAUAAAGAAGCAGGAGCAGAUGAACAACGCACUUCAGUUGACCUUGGUGAUCGAUGCUAUGGCAGUGUUUUUAGGGGCCACCUCAGAGGAGGCUCGCUGUACGGACAGUGCAGCCUUGCUGCAUUUGCUUGCAUUGCGCCAGCUGUUGAGGUUCUUGGCAGAUUGA